AUGGUUGAUGCCUCUGUCCAUCGGCCCGUAUCUCCGCUUCGGAGUCGACGCUCCUCCGCCGAACAAAGAGAAUCUGCAGCAUCCGCGGUCCCCUUUCCGCCUUUUUCGCGGCCGUCGCCGUCGCUACCGCAUGGCUUCGAGAGCAGAGCGAGCUUGUCUGUCGUUCCCCCGCCGGCGUCUGGCUAUGGUGGGUGUAUGGCGGGCGCGUCUUCUCCCGCGUCCGUAGGCUCCGCGUCGUCUGUUUCCUCCAUGAGUUCUUCCUCCUCUUCGGUUGCCUCCGCUUUCUCCAUGCGUGCGUCGUCGUCUGCCUCCUCGCGCGCGGGGGUCGCUGAGGCGGCCGGGGGGGAGUCCCGCAGCAGUGCGCUUUCGGCGUCUCCGGCGCAUGCGCACACGCCCGCCGCCACACCUGCGUGGCCUCGCCAUCCCCAUGCCUCAGACACGGGCGCGGCGGCUCUGAGAAGCCUUUCGCCGGGCUCUCCGUCGUCCGUAGACUCGCGGGCUACCGCGGGGUCGCGGCGGCCCCUGGACGUGCCCGCCGCGGGUCCUCGGCCCUUCUCCUCGUCAGGUCUUCUUUCUUCGCCUUCGGAGGAGUCCAAUUCAUCGUUGUCACCAGUCCCGUCUUCGCUCACCUCGCCGACGCCUGUGGAGGAGCGCGCGCCCGACGACGAAGACGCCGCCUCGCUGCCUCCCAGCUACGACGAACGCGGCGACGGGCGGCCUCUCACGCUGUCUCCUUCGUUUAACUGCAAGCGUGACGGCACGCCGUCCUCCGGGCUGCGUCUGUUUCCCGGUUCGAGCUACUCUUCGGCGUCGUCGCGCCGGGAGUCCGCAGACGCGACCCCAACAGUUCGGUACCGAGAAUCGACCGCCUUCGCCUCGUCGUUUGGUCCGCCCUCGCCGUUUACAAGGCCGCGCCGCCUGCCGCGUCACGCAGCCGGCGCCGCCUCGUCGCUGCACAGCCGACGCCGCAGCUCGGCGUCCUCCGCCUACGACGUGAGCGCCCGCCCGGUGGUGCGGGCGCGGCCGGCGGCCGGGGCGGAGAGGCCCGAACGCGCCCGCGACGCAGAUGCCCGCCGCUUCUCGCUGGUCGCGGUGGGGCCUGCGGAGGUCGACUCAGACACGCUGGCGUCCUCUUCGGGCGAAGAGAGCUCUCCGUCCGCGCACGAGACGCCGGCUGAGUUCUUCGACCGCCGCCCCGCCUUCCACGGCUCUGAAGACGAAUACUUCGGCGCCCACCCCUCGAGCUGCGCCGGAGCAACUUUCAGCGGCGCCAGCCACAGCCGUCAGGCGGCCUUCUUCGUGGAUUCUGGGUCUCUCUCACCGGCGCGCGCCCACACCGCCACGCGAACGCUGCGCGCCGCGGUGACGUACGGCGCGAGUCGGGCGGCGCCGGAGGCGGCGUGUCUUCAACACGGUCACCGGCACCGCCACCUUCUGUACGCUGAAGACGUCGCCGCUCAGCAGACGCCGGCGCGCGCGCGCUCUCCUCGCUUUGCGGUGGAGGCGUGUCUCAGCGGCGAGAGCGGGUCGGUGGCAGGUCGCACGCGGACGAUCUCGUCUCCGUCGCUCUUGGAUCUCCCGUCGUCGCCCUCUCCGCGGUCUUCGCUGCGGCUGCCGCUCGACGAUGAGGCUGCAGCGGGGCCGACUGAGGGCGAAGAUCACCGGCGCGGCGGCGGGUGGCGAAAAUUUCUGACAUCGCUGGCGGCGAUGCGAGCGCGGCGUCGGCGCCGCACAACGGACGGCAGCGACUCGCUGCCCGGCGGGGAUGCAGCGACGGUCGUGCCUGGGGACGAAGAAGAAGACGGCGACUCUGGGCCCCACUCGACGUUUUCCGCGUCGCCCCAGCCGCCGGCGUCGCUCGCGAGCCGUCUGGCGGACGCCCUGACGGCCGCGCGCGACGCCUGCGUCGCCUGCAUGCGGCCGGGGCGCCUUCCCGGACGCACGUACUUCUACUUGCUCCUCGUCUGGCUCCUGCUUCUUCUCUUCCUGGUUCUCUGUCUGGGCACGCGCCACCACGAACAGAAACUGUACCGCCUCCGACCCAAACAAGUCGCGGAGCUGCAGCUGCAUACGACGCAGCGGCUGUGGUCGGCGUGCCUCCGCUCAUCGUCCGCGACGCCCAAUCCGUCUUCGCCUAACGCCAGCCUCGCGCCCCUCUCUGGGCUACCCGUGCCGCCGGCGUGUGCGUCGCUGUUUUUUCCAGCGGUGGACUCGUUCGCCCUCGGGGACGGCGUCUCGCUGCCGUCCCUCCACCGCGUGUGCCGGCAAGUAGGCCCGGUGCUUCUCGCGUCUGCAGGGAAGAGACAGCUCGGAGCGAAUGCUCAGCAGAAUCUGCACGAAGUCAGCCUCCAACACCGGGGUGACCCUUCGCCUGAGGCUGUCACGGCUGGAGCGCUUCUCACGUACUUUCUCCAGCCUUGCGAACCCCCCGCGGAGACACAGGGCGCCUCUGCGGCGCGUCCCCUGGCUCCGUGCCCGUCGCGCUCGCCCGCGGCGGACGCUGCGUCCUGCGAGCUGCUCCGUGGCGCGCAGCGGGGCGGCUCCGGAGCGUGGCGCGCCCUGGCCGCGCUCUCUGACUGGUGUCUCUCCCUCAAGGGCCCGCAGGUCGACUCCUCGUUCGGCUCUGCGGAGAAGCCCGCGGCGCUCUCAGGCGCGCCGGAGGCCGCAGAGACGCGCGCGAGUCAGACGGAAGGGUCGCCUCCCCGUUCUCGAAAGCCGAGCGGGAGGGAAGAAGGGGAGUCCUGCGCCGCUUCUUCGUCCGCUGGCAUGUGCGUCCGCGACAGCGCGAGGCUGACAGUCUCCUCUCUGUCGGACGCGUGGUCGAGAGCGCACGCGCCUGCGUCGCUGCCCGGAGUGUCGGGGUCGUCGCCGGUCUUUGCGUUUCCGCGGAACGUGUCCUUCUUCUUCUUCCACAGCGAAGGCUUGCCGUCUUCGUUCCUGGGUUCUGCACGAGAGCUUCUCGUCUGCACGGAGGCAGACGCGCCGCUUUCGCAUGUCUUCGCCUUGCUUCAGAGGUCGCCGGCCUACGUAUCCGCUGCGGCGGCCUUCUCCUCGUUCUCUGCCACGCUCUUCCGCGCCUUACCUCUCCCCGCGCUUCGCGUCAGCGGUGGCGGGGACGCGCCCGAGAGGCUUCGCCCGGGAUUGGACAGCGACAAGCAGACGGGAGGCCCAGCCGCGGUCGCGGCGCCAGAGAGGGCGAACCGAGUCAGCCCUCGAGAAGGGGCCUGCGUGGGGCCCGGCGGCGGAGAGCGCCAAGGCGCGCAGGGACUUUUGUGCGCAGAGGAACACUCAGAUUUUGAGCAUGGUGUCGUCUCGCUUCUCGCGGCUUCUCCCUCCCCUCAGCGGGACUGCCUCAGCAACCCGGAGCGCUGUCUCCGCACGGCAGCGGCGGCUGGCACGAGGGGGGAGUCUGCAACAGGCGACCGCCUGGAGGCCUACGCCAGCACUCUCCGUGCUGCAUUUGGCAACCUGUUGCCGCACGUUUUUCUCCUCAACUACGAGAGCGCCUUGGCGGCUCGAGAGGCCGAGGAGACGCGCGUUGCGGGUUCCGACCCGCUCUCGCCCGCUUGGUUCUCUGGGGACUCCGCUUCGCACAGCCACAAGAGCCCAGGCUCCUCUCCCUCCUUCUACCCUUUGACGUCUUUGCUUCCCGAUUCUUCGCUGCUCUUCGAUUUUUCUGUCUUCUCCACGCCCUGCUACCCGCUCUCGCGCUUCCUUCACCGCCGCCUCGUCAGCUGGGGCGGGCUGCAGCUCCACCUGCUCCUGUUUGGCGGCUGGCUGCACUCGCUCUUCGCCUCUGAGCCCCUCACGCUGCUGCAUGUCCCGCGGGCGCUUUUCCUCGCUCUGCUUUCCGCCUACCGCGGCGCCGUGCUCUACGACGCCGUCAACUGGCUAGAGAAAACCUUCUGGAAGCAGACUGUGGGUCUGUCGCCUCCCGAGGAACUCGCCCCCGAUGCGGGGGCGGGGUCGCUCGCGGGCAACGGGGGAGCCAAGGAGACACGCAGAGGGGGCAGCGAGCUGGAGUCCCUCCCGGCUCGCGGAGACGCAGCGACGAGUGCGCGGACCCCCGGGGCGGCAGACGAGACUGCACAGACACGCAGUGGCGUGAGCGGAGACGGCGCCCACGGCGUCGCCGGUGUCGCGAGGGGACCGGGGCCAGGGACGCCCGCGUCCUCGGGGGGGCAGACGGCCUCUGGGAGAGGCGCUACGGGUGAGGGCGGAGACGAGAGAAGCGGGGGCGGCGCGUGGCAGAGGAGGAGAGACUUCAGCGACCAUGUGGUGCUUUACGUGAUGGCGAUUGUGUUUAUUGCCAUUGAAGUCUCUGCGGCCCGGUCGUCGCAUGCGCCGCCCACCGUCGCUCCAGGGGCGCCUGCGCCGCCGUCGGGCGCCGCGGAGGCGUCCGCGCCUCGGCAGUUCUUCACGCACUUUGCGUUUCGCUUCUCCCGCACGCUCUCCUCGCUUCUUUACGCGGCUGUCUUCAUCUACUACAGCUUGAUCUUCGCCUCCUGCCUGUACAUGGCGUACUACACCGCGCGCUUCUUUCACACGCCGGAAGAAAUUUGGUUGGGCCUCGCCGCCGGGUGCCUCUUCCUCGUUCUCCCCAUCAUCCUCAUUCUCGAAGUGCUUGAGCGGCCCUCCCUGCAGCGCAUCGGCAUUGGGAGCGGCGAGAAGAAGGCCGCGGAACGCGCCGCCGCCGCCGCGGCCGCGAACGCCGCCGCGACCGUGUCUCCGAGCCUGGGCGGGCGGCACCUUUCUUUCUCUGUAUCGCCCCAAGUUGCGGCCUCGCGCCACACAGUGAUAGCAAAGACGAGUUCGCGGCCUGCGGGCGCACACGAGGGGAGAGGGGAGGGCGUCACGCGCACUGUGUCGGCGAUUAUGCGAACCGUCGUCGACGCAGCGUUUGCGCGACGAAGAGCAAGCGUCAAGGUUGCCUCUUCCGAGGCUGCGCUUCUCACGCGCGCCCACGCUGGCGAGGGCGAGGCUGUGUAUCCGACGGGCAUCAUUGGCCGCCAGCGGCAAGCGGAAGAUACGAAACUUGAUUGA